AUGAACAUGUCUGACCGGAUGGCAGUAUCAAAUAUCAAUGGAUACGAUUUUCAGAAGCACAAGCUCAGGACAUCUUCUGUAGCAGAAAUAACACUGCAGCCGGAGACCCUUAAAAAAUCUCAUGCGAAAGUUCCGUCCUCCACUGAUAUGUCUUCCGUUGCUGCCCCCCAAACCUUCAGAAGGAAAAAUUUUGUUUUCAUUGACCCUGUAGCCUUUAGAUAUAUAGAGGAAGAUUCCACAACAACAGUCAUCGAAAGGAACGGGAUUAUCCAGGGAUACGAACUUUAUCUAGUUGAACAAUGGGCUUGUUCGCGAACACAUCCCACCUUUGUUAUCGCUACUUAUACUGGGGAUUCAAAUCAUAAAGGAGUUGUUGGAGUCUUGGCAAUACCAGAAGAUGAAAGAGAAUGGUCUCCUAGAUUACGAUUAUACUUCAGUGCAUCCUCACAAUAUUCCGCUCGACCACAAGAAACUCCUCUCGGGACUCUAAUGGUCACAAAUUUGAAUAGCUUUCCGUCGACAUUGAAUGUAAUUCACGUCCCCGAUGGUAACGUACGAAAGCAUAGAGUAGGAUUCGUAGUCAACGAGAAUCUAAAGCGACUUGGAUGCUCUGGUAGAUCUGGAAUCACCCUGGCCCCCCCGGCAGGUGCUACCCAGGCCAAGUUCCUACAGAUUUAUAAGACGAGUCAGCGGUUACCAUUAUCUCAUGCUGUUAUUGAACUAAUUAAACUAUGCCAGAUUGCAUUGAUACUUUUUGGCAAGCUUGAUCAGGAGUAUGCCGACGGCUGCCUAUGUGAUAUGACCGAGACUGCUAUUGCCCAGUGGUGGACUGAGAUUGGAACAGAUCACUACAAUGUCGAACCUACAGAUGGCGUUCUCGGGCCAACGACCAUAGCUGGCUUACUUGGCAUGCUUAUGGGUGCCCGUAAUCGACUUAGUUAUUGCGGAGCACCCGUUGGUAAAGAUGCUUUUGAUGUGUAUAAUUUGAAACGAGGUAUUGAGGGUUUUCAGAAAUCGCAUAAACUAAAGCGGACCAGAAGGCUUGAUCGGCAUACCCUCGACCGGCUACACAAGGUCACUGCCAAAGCUGCUGCAGGUGAAGGAUGGGUAGUCCCUAAAGCUGUAAAAUCAACAGUCGUUGAACUGAGCGGCAAGGGAGGUGAAAUGGUUAUGGGCAUAGUGGGACGCGACAAGGCUGGAAUUGGCGAUAUUGAAACCCUUGAUAUCGACAAUUUUAUCGGUCUAGCAUCCAGCGAGAGAACGAAGUGGCUUUGGCAUGGAAAAUCGAGGAGAACUGGAGCAGCGGACAAUCUGGGAAAGUUCGACGAAUCGCAAGGCUUCUCUUUCACCAGAGAUGAUCAAGCAAUUUCGAUGCUGUCGCACGGUAAGUCAGAUAUUGGCUUAACAGAGGAUGAAUCCGAACGAUUAGCAGAGGAUAAAGUGCCUGGUGCGGUUUAUUCCCGGCACCCUCCUGGAUCUAACACCAGUAUACCAGAGAGUCCAAGUGAUCGGGAUCAUUUGCACAAGGCGGUUUUGAAAAGCGUAACUGAAAAGAUGAGUGACGCAAAGACAGGACUAGUGCGAAUCAAGGAUGCGGUUGGACGACGAGGAUACGCUAAUCGGCUAUCAAAAGAUGAAGGCAUUCCAGUAGGGUCGACAUAUAAUCUAUCACCAACAAGUAACCCAUCUCUUAGUCCUAGUUUGGCAGCCAAAGCUUUUAACUUGAAAGACACACCAUCGCAUUAUCAAACUGGCGUAUCCAAGCGUAGAGAGCCUCCUAGCGUCGUUCUACAGGGCGAAAAUUUAAAUCCAGGAUCCCCUAAACCACCACUAAAUAUCGUUCCUCCCAUUCUGCAUGAUCUUCCAAGAUCUAUAGAUCCAGAGAAAAAGUGGGCUGUAGAAUCCAAGGAGGUUAGGCAAACUGACUCAAAUAAUGAAAAUUUCGUUGCUGGGAUAUGUUACGAGAGUGAGCCUGAUGAAGAACAUUCCUCGGCAACAUUCGAGUUCUUUCUUCGUCGACGCCAUAGUGUAACUGGCGGGGUUGAUACGCUGUUGAAGAAUCAGAACGAAAACCGUUGGCCGCGCCAUAUGUCAUUCAGUGAGGCAGAGGACGCUUUAUUUGAAUGGAAACCUAUUUUAGCUCAUACGAAGAGUGAGAAUGGUAAUAAAAUCUCCUUAGGAAAUAUAGAAAGAGUGUCUGAAGGGUUAAACCACCUUUUAAGUAUCCAAAAUGAUGUAAAACCUUGGGUUGAAUCGAAACUCGAAACAUACAUAAAUAUUGACCAACAACUUUUUUCAGAUCAAGACGUACUUCAGACCACCUACAACCGUUUGAUGGAUCAAUUUCAGACAAUUUCACAGAAAUCUGAAGAAAUCCUUGGCUACGAACGCAAAAAAGUAGCUGAUGCUAUCAAAGAAGUUGAAAUUUUAGGAGCAAAACUAGAUUACGAAAUUAAUGCUCUAGUCUCAAAAGUGGAUGAUGUUGAAGACGGUGUUAUUCAGUUUGAGAGAAAAGUUUUUGAUUUAGAGAUCAAAGCCGAAGAGACGGGGUUGCAACUUCGGUCAGAAAGUUGGACAAGUUGGAUCUUUAGAAAUAUCAAACGCGCAUUGACAGUACCUGACGUAGCCAUGUCAAGCCUCACAUAA